AUGGCAAAGAACAUCGACUCUUUUGAACAACUUACGACCCGAAUCGUACGUCUGCGGAUGAGAAGAUGUGGCCCAACAUCAGCUUUGACUAUCUUCGUCGCUUACGCUCCAACAUCAAGCUACGAAGAAGAAGAAGUCGAAGCUUUCUAUAUGGACCUGGAGAAGUUCUACCGAGAAGAUCAUGCCUUCGACAAGGUCAUAAUUGGCGAUUUCAACGCCAAGGUUGGCCAAAAAAAAACGCCGGAAGAACUUCACAUCGGGACCCACGGCCUACAAUGGAAUGACCAGGGGGAGAGGCUCUCCGAGUUCAUCAUGAUGACUAAGACCAUCCAUCGGAACUCACAAUUCCAGAAGCUCUCCUCUCUACGCUGGACGUGGAAGUCACCCGGUGGAGGGUACCGUAAUAAAAUAGACCACAUCAUCGUCAAUGACAGGUGUAUAAAAGCUCCACAUGACAUCGGCAACUAUCGUCCAAUCUGCUUACUGUCCGUCAUCUACAAGCUCUUUACAAGAGUGAUCCUUAAUAGGAUUGAAAGUCUUGGAUGA